AUGGCUGCUCCCGUCCAGAAAGGCAACGAGAUCCUCAUCCCCCUCUUCGAUGGCGCCGCUCUCGGCCAGCCCAUCACCGUGAAGUGGCAGCAGGACUUCAGUCAGCGCCAGGAGGGUUACUACCAGCUCAUCGCCGACAACCUUGCCACCGGGACUACUUUCCCCCUGUUCAUUGCGGCCGAGUUCUACAAGUCCUCCACCUCGGCCAACCCGAACCACAUCAGCAAGAUUGCGGAACUUCUUCCCGGCGAGGGCUACAAAAUCACGGUCGACGAGCGUUUCCAGUACGGCCAGAAGAACGUCGAGGGCGAGAACCGCUUCCUCAUCCUUCACGACAAAGGCCGCAAGCCGUACCAGCACCGCUUCAUCGAGACCGCCGUGGCCAGUGCCCUAGCCCGCCAGGGAGAGGGCGUGGCCGACAAGGUCUGCGGCGCCUUCGGGCUCCCUGCCGGGUCGGCGUCGAAGGUCACUGAUACGGUCAAGUGCUAUAUUGGCGAUUAUCUCCGUACUUUCUAAGCUGGAUGACAUUGGCCAACCCAAUAGGGUUUUGAAGGCAUGACUUACUUGUUGGGGGUGAAAGGUGGC